UUCAGGAAUUGUUCGUUACUUACGUUAGUUGAUGAAGAAAGUUUUGUUUAUAUAUGGGUGUAACUGCAAAGAGUUACAGUCGUGAAGAAUCAACAAUAUCAGGUCUGCAUACAGCAAUAUGGAAGCCUUAACUACAUCAUUGAAUAAGUUUGGUGUGAACCUUUACAAGGACCUAUCUGAAGCCAAUGAUCAAAAUAUUUUCUUCUCUCCUUUGAGCAUUUCUUCUGCCCUGAGCAUGGUUUUUCUUGGUGCAAGGGGCGACACUGAAAAGCAGAUGGCUGAAGUUUUAAACUUCAAGACAUCUACAGGUGCACAGAAUCCAGAUGCUGCAGACAUACAAGUUUUAGAAGAAUUGUCUUCACAAAUCAAUCAACCCAACAGUAAAUACAACUUGAAAAUAGCUAACGAGCUCUACUCUCAAAAGAGCUUUUGCAUUCUUGUGCCUUACACAGACCAACUGAAUAAAUCUUUUAAUGCUAAAGUACAAUCUAUGGAUUUCUCCAAAGAUGCAGAAAAUUCUAGAAAGGAAAUUAACAGCUCGGUGGAAUCGCAGACAGAGGGGAAAAUAAAGGACAUUUUGGCUCCAGGUUCCAUUGACGCACAAACUCGGCUAGUCUUGGUAAAUGCAAUUUACUUUAAAGGCAACUGGGAAAAAAAAUUUCCAGAAGAAAAUACAGAGCAAAAACCAUUUAGAAUGAGUAAGACACAAAGUAAACAAGUCCCAAUGAUGUUCCAGAGGAAUACAUUUAAUAUGUUUUAUAUUGAGGAGCUUAGGACAAAAGUGUUGGAAAUGCCUUAUGUUGGCAAUGAAGUGAGCACGAUAAUACUACUGCCAGAUGCCAUAGAAGACAACUCCACUGGACUAGAACAGCUAGAAGCAGUGAUCAACUAUGAAAAGCUGAGUGAGUGGAUCGAAGCAAUGGAGAAAACGAAGGUGGAGAUAGAAUUUCCACGCAUUCAUCUUGAGGAGAACUAUGACUUGAAGACACCCCUGAUCAAAAUGGGGAUGGCUGACCUUUUUAAUGCAGAUAAAGCAGAUCUCAAAGGGAUGUCAGACACAGAAAAACUCUAUUUGUCACACAUUCUUCACAAAGCCUUUGUGGAAAUUAAUGAAGAAGGAACAGAAGCUGCAGCAGCUACUGCUGGUGUAAUAACCGCUAAACGGUCUACCAAAGCGGUGAAAUUUAAUGCAGAUCACCCUUUCAUUAUUAUGAUGAAGCAUAAUAAGUCAAACACCCUUCUGUUUAUGGGAAAAUAUGUAUCCCCAUAGAAUAUUUCAACAUAGAGAACAACAGCAAAGAUCACUACUAUUCUACCACUAUAUCAUUAUUCUGGCACCAUAUUUUUGUUAUUAUUACUUUGUGCUUAAGUAUAUACUUUUUACUAUUAACACGCUGUUCUUUUAAUAAAAAUACAUACCCUUUCCUGCUAA